UGAAGAUGGUUGAGAAUAGAGUUUGUGCCGAAUGUUAAUAAAGGUCCAUUCUCUAAAUUGUACGAAAUGAAAUUCUUACUAUCUAAUGCAUUUAAAAACAAUAUAUACUGGAUUAGGCAUAUAUUUCAUAGGGCAUAUUUGUCAACGUUAUAGUUGAAAACAUUCCAACAAAUAUACUUCAACUACUUUUGUGUGUGUGUGUGUGUGUGUGUGUACAUAUGUGUGCUGUGUGGUUUCGGCAUCAAAACGAAUGUUUAAUCCAUACUCUAGAAUCCAACAAUAACAAACUUUUGACUGGACUUGCCUUAAAGUAGCAGCUACAGCUAAAAGCUGCUGUGAAACAUUCAAAUUGUGAUUAUUAGUCAAGUUUAAGAAAAACUAGUGUACAAAUCCAAUAAACAGUUAAGAAAUCAACAGAAAACAAAACACAAUUCAAGCAGCACAACGAAAAGAGAAGCCAAAACAAACAAGAAUAAGAAUAAUGAUGGAAACCAUUUAAUGUGAAAGCAAAGGAAACGGUUAACGGUUAACGGGAGAGCCGCUCAAGAUGUCCAUGGUAUGCAGUCUGAAUGGCGAUGGCAGCCAGUCAGCAAACAGCACCAAUACAAAUGCAAACACAAACGCAAAUACAGCAACAAACACAAAUUCAAAUACAAACGCAAUUGGGUCCACGGCCACGCACACAACGUUCGACUACACGCAACAGCAACAGCAACAGCAACAACAGCAGCAGCAACAACAACAACAUGAUGUGCCCAAUGCCAGCACCCCGCUGCUGCUGGGCCACGAGUCGGGCGGCUUGAGCGGCGUUGCCAACAGCGACGUUGGCAACAUUGGUAGCGGUACAACCAUAACGGUACCCCAGCCGCCUGUCAUCUUAGGCACAGCGAAUUUCACGGCAGCGGAACCGGCUGCGGCGUCAGCGUCAGCGUCAGAUACAGUGGUUAGCAUGAAUAGCCGUACUUUGAAUGUGUCUGGCAUGACGUUGCCAGGCACAUUGAAUUUCGUAAUGGGCGCCACGUCCGCGCAGGCGGCGACCAACAAUGACAACAACAACAAUAUGGACAAUGCGAGCGACGACUCGAACCCGGUGACCAUUUACAGGUGCCGGGCCCCGAUAGCGUCCCUCGACUGCAUGGAGGAGUUCAGUGGUACGGGCGGUCAUCUUGAUUUCGGGCGUUCGAUAAGCCUGGGCUCCAAUCCGGCGCUGCCGCUGCGGCACGGCUCGACGCCCACGCCCGGCUUGCGGUACAAGAAUCUGGGCAAGAGCGGUCUGCGUAUCUCGAACGUGGGCUUGGGCACAUGGCCAGUAUUCUCGCCGGGCGUCAGUGAUGAGCAGGCCGAGGCCAUACUAAAACUGGCUAUCGACAGCGGCAUCAAUCUAUUUGACAUCUCGGAGGCGCACUCUGAGACAGAAAUUGGCAAAAUAUUGCAGCGCACGGGUUGGAAGCGAACCACCUAUGUGAUCACAACCAAAGUGUACUGGAGCACCAAAUCCGAGGAGCGGGGCCUAUCACGCAAACACAUCAUCGAAUGCGUGCGAGCCAGUUUGCAGCGUCUGCAGUUGAACUAUAUCGAUAUUGUCAUCAUUCACAAGGCAGAUCCCAUGUGUCCCAUGGAAGUGGUGCGAGCCAUGAGCUAUGUCAUCCAGCAAGGCUGGGCCAUGUAUUGGGGUACCGCCAGAUGGUCUCAGGUUGAGAUAAUGGAGGCGUAUACCAACUGCCGGCAGUUUAACUGCAUAACACCGAUUGUUGAGCAGUCGGAAUACCAUAUGUUCUGUCGCGAAAAGUGUGAGCUCUACCUGCCCGAGAUGUAUAACAAAAUAGGCGUGGGUCUGAUGGCUUGGGGACCACUGUCCAUGGCAUUGAGCGAUACGCAGAAUGGGGACAAACUGUUUUUGCCCAAGAGCUCAUUCAAGACCAAGAGCUUUUCGUGGACCGAGGAUGAGAUCAAUCGCAACGCCGCACUAUCGCCGCAGGGUAGCUGGGGCAAGGAUCGGAUUGAGGAGGGGCGACGCCAUUGCGAUCGGUUGCGUGACUUGGCCGCGCUGGCCGAGAAACUUGGAUGCAGUCCGACACAGCUGUCGAUUGCCUGGUCACUGAAGCACGAGCCCGUUCAGUGCCUUCUGUUGGGCGCCACCUCGGCGGAGCAGCUGCAUCAGAGCUUGCAAUCGUUGCAGCUAUUGCCGCGGCUGUCGUCCAGCGUAAUGCUGGAAUUGGAGCGGAUAUUGGAGAAUAAACCGGUGCGACCGCCAAUGAUAUCCACACUGGCGCUUCGGUGACAAUCAGCCUGCCCGCAGGGCCCACUCAGCCUAAGCGGCGGUGGGCCCUGCGGUGCUGAUUCGCCAAAGCAUGAGGAGGAGGCUUUCAUUGAGGAGGCGGAUGCCAAGGAGGCUGCAAAGCAGGGUUUCUGUGUUAUUCAGUGACGAAAGGAGUCCUUAGAUAAUGAUAAUAAAUUUUUGAAAGUGAUUAGCAGUAAAACUAGCCUAAGUAGCAAUACUAUGACAACAACAAUAAGCAAGCAUGGGGUGCAGCAACAGCAGCAACAACAACUGCAGCAACACAAUCUGCAACAUUAUCAGCAGCUAGCCUUACCACCACCAGCAGCAGCAGCAGCAGCAACAGCAGCAGAAGUAUCUGAGCCGCCAAGUGGGUCAUCAGCUGAUCCAUUUGAUACGCUUAACAACAAUGACAUUGGCAGCCACGAGGAGCGGGAAUCGGGUGCUGGCCAGGCGCAGGCAAAGGGUCUGAAGCGACGCUCCUUGCUCAAUUUCAAAUCCUUCGACUUUCACAUCAAGACACUGUACAGUGGACUGCGUGCGGGCGCACCGGCGAGCGCUGGCCACAAAUCAGAGUCCGGCUCGCAGUCGCAGUCGCAGUCGCGCUCAUCCUCGUUGGGCGUGAGUCUGGCCGUGCCGCCGGGUGGCGCUGCGAACAGGCGCAUACCGCCGCAUCUGCGCAUCGAGGGCGUCGAUGUGGAUGAGGAGCAGGCGCAGGAGUCGAUGAAAUUAUUGCUGGAUUAUUCCCAGUCACCGUUUACGCCGCGACGCAACUCCAGCACUCAACUGCUGCACAGCGGCUCGCCGGCACUUUCGAGCACCUUGUCGCCCUACUAUCUGUCGCCAUACAUGAUAGCCGGCGGCGGCGGCGGAGCAGCGGCCUCCACAGCGGUCGCCGACGACAGCAGUUCGGGCAACAUACGCCGCUCCUCGACCUCCGAUAUUGUUGGCUGCCGACGUCGCGGCUCGCCGAGCGCCAACAGCAGUCGCCGGCCCAGCACCUCGGAUCUGUUGCGACGGGCGCGCGAACGGCGCGGCAGCGGGGCGCGCAUGGGUCGCAGUGUUUCGCACAGUGCGAUGCGCGGCGGCGGACCAAGCGGCGGCGUCGGCGGCGGGCCCAGCUGCAUGGGAGGCAGGCGCACUAGCAUGGCGUUCUAGAUAGUAUAUACUUAGAAGAAACGCUGCAAAUUGAAUUCGAACCAGCUGACAAAUGGCGCUUAUGAAUUUUUACUAAUUACACACGUAGAAUGAACAACAACAAAAAACCAAAAUUUCAAGAAUAAAAAAAAAUUUAUAAAGAACAACACCAGCAAGUAAGAAGUUUUUUUUGUUUUUUAAACCAAACACAACCAAGCAGAAAAUAUAAAUAAAAAAUAAAAGUAAAACACAAGUACUUAUAUGCAUAUAUUUACUACUAUGUAUACUUAAAAUAUAUAUAUUUCAAAUGCCUAAUGUUAUAUGAGACACUAAACCGAAAAACGAAAAAGAAAGAACAGAAACAAAUAUAAAAUAAUAUUCAUUUUCAUCCAAAAGCUGCUCCUAACUUGAAAACAAACAGUUAUUAACGAAUUGUCCCCAUCUAUCUAUAAAGAAUUUGUUACUAUCUAUCGCUUUACUUGCUCGUGCCCCAUUUUUGAUGACAAUAUUAGAUCCUAACUGUAAAUGAUCACAGCUCUCAACACUUUUUUUUCUUUUCGUUAACUUUGUCUAGAAUGCGCUUUUGCUAAAUAUUUGCUUUAUUCACACACACACAAACAAACACACACACAUUUUUAAGAUCACAAACCUUAUGUGAAUGCUCAUAUCAACUAAAAAGAAAAGAAAAAAAAAAAACAAAAAUUGAAUUCAUAAAAACAAAAGGUUUUUUUAAAUAAAUUAGCUAAUGAAUAAUUAAAGUAACGAAUGUUGGCAAGCAACAGCAAUAAAAUGCAUCAAAUAAACAAAUAAAUUUUAGCUAAGAAAAAAAGAAAACAAUUUGAAUCAAAUCUUAUAGAAAUAGUCAUUAUGUAUUUAAAAAAAGAUAAAGAAAAUCAAUUUGAAUCUAAAAACAAGAAGUUUUUUUCAAAGAACAAGAUUUAACAAAUGCCUUUUAUUAAACAAAACAAAGAACAAAGUUUAUAUUUUAAAUAAAAUAAUAUUAAAAGCAAAUUAAAAUUAAAUUGUUAUCCAUUGAGUGCAGAUACACACACACACACACACCCACCCACACACACACACACAUCGCUCAAUAUGCAUUUUGUUAACACCAUUUUUUCAGUCACAGCCUUGAGAUACUUAUGCAUAAAAUAUAGUUAAUAUAUAUAUAUAUAUAUAUAAAGCGAGUAUAUAGGGUGCAUACUUAUAUACGAAUUAAUUAGCGGUAUAUGCGUAUAUACAGCGUAUACAUAAUACAUAUUUACAAAUACAUAUACAAAUCCAUGCGUAUAUACAUAUAUAUAUAUACAUAUAUAUAUAUCUAUAUAUAUAUUUUAUCAUUCAAGUACAUAAAGUCUUUUCACAUACGGACUGUGAUUUCACGUAAAGUAAAUAUAUACAUAUAUUUAAAAUAAAACUAAUAAUUAAAAUCAUAAAUUAAAUAAUAUAAUAGUUUGUAAAACAUUCUAGUUUAAUCAAAGCAAAGACAAAAGUAAAAGUAAAACAAACAAACAAACACACUAAACGAGUUAGCAAGAAGAAAACAAAAAGGUUCAUUAUUGAAUUAUUAUUAAAUAUAUAUAUAUAUAUAUACAUACAUAUGAUGUACAUAAGCAUAUAAUAUGUGAUGCAUAUAUGACAUGCAUAUGGACACGUAGCACAUGCUAAGUAAAGCAUUUGCCUAACUGAGCUCUGACAUUUUCAGGCCAGCUACGAAAUUUGAAUACAAAAACGAAUUACGAAAUACGAAAAAAGAGGGGCAUAUCCUAAACACAAUGAAAUAUUAAGAAAUAUGUAGAAAAUAAAAAGUGGCUAACAGUUGACACUCUGUAUUCACAAUUAAAAUGCGUUUGCGUUUGCCUUAAUACACAACUAAAAGAAUACUUACAAUUAAUUACAAAAGUAAUAGAUAAAUACAACAAAUACUUACACACACACACACACACACACUGGCAUUUGUUAAGAGACGAGAAAUCAUGAAUGGAUAUAAGCAAAACAUAAAGUCAGGCCGGUUUCCUCAAUCUUCAGUUGAAUUACGGUUGAGCUGCCUGAUUCUCUCUAUCCUUAAUGCUAACUGGUGCUUGAGAAAUCGUGCCUAAUAUACUUAUAUGCAAAAAACGUAAAAGUAAAUGAAAAACAAAACAAACAUCAGGCCGCUGGCCAAAGGAAAAUUAACCUUAUGUAAUUUAAAAUUAGUUCAACACAGAUAACGUACUUUUUUAUUACCUUAAGAAUAACAUUUGCAUUUUUUGGUAGUUAAUCCGUCCUCAGUAACGGCCAACAGACAAGAAGGGCAUAGUCGAUAGUUCGCGACUAUUCAAAACCCUGUACCCAAUUUUAAAUACAUCAACAACUCAGCAGCUUCUAAAGCGCGUAGCAUUGCCUGAUUGAAAACAACCCUAAACAAUUAAAUGCGAAAUAUAUUCAUAGACCGUAGUGCAUCCAAAUAUAUUAUUAUAUACUUAAUGAUAACAACAAAAAAAAAAGAAAAAAAUAAACACUCAACAUUUUAUUAAUAAAUGCUUAGAAACGAUAUAAAACUUAUAGGAAUGCAACUAGACUGGCGGACGGACAGAUGGAAAUAAGUAGCUUUAUGGUCUCGACAUAAGUAUAAACUUAAUAUAAGUAAGCUGAUCAAUAAAACUUAGGAAUCUGUGGAGCCUGACACGUCUAAUACGCUGCACACACAACCAUAUACCCUAUACGACAAUUACAGGGUAUGCAUUGAAAACAAAAAAGGAAAAAACACAUUCAGUCAAGCAUAAGCAAAUAUAAUUACUGCACUCGACCAUGUCCCAGCUCAAGAUACCCUGUGCCCCCCCUAGCCCAAUCGGACUGCCUACAUACAUACGCAUAUGGAAAACUUUUGACUACUCUAACUCCUACAUGGUUAACGUACUACUCGCAAUCAACUGACCUUUUGAUCCAAACUUUCCCAGUUAUUUCGCUGGCACAGUCAGUCUUUGGGUACAGGGAAUGCAGAUAUGUACAUUUAUACCAAAUACAUAUGUAAAUGCAUGAUGCCAAUGGAAAGCAAUAAAAAGUGUCGGUGAAAAGUUCAACUAUUAAAUUAAUUAAAGCAAUACGAGAAGAACAACAAGAAAAAUAUGUUUAUAGAUAAACAACAAGGAAAUGAACGCAAAAUUAGCGCAGGUGCAUUGUAGUUAAAUGUUAUUUUUUGUCUGUUGUUAUUAUUAACACCCGUAGCUAGUAAAUUAUAAAUUACAAUUUACAAAUGAAUUCAACAAAUUGAACAGUUCAUAAAAUGCCAACUGUAGCAAAUAACGAAACAAAGCAAACAGAAACUAAAAGUAUUAAUUAAUAUUUGAAAAGAUUAUAAUUAUAAAACAAAAGACCGCUAGUGAAUAAUCUAGACAACAAAUUUUACUUUACACAAACAAAAAAAUGUGUUAACAUAUUCAUGCAGAAUAAUAAUUAAACAAUUAAACAAAUUCAAACAAACAAAUUGUGCGUUGGGCACAAUUGACAAGUACAUUAAAUAAAUAUACAUAUAUAUUUAUUAAAACAAAAUAACGGCAACAACAAUUACAAAAUGCAUUAAUAUCCAACAAAGUUAUUUUCUUAACGAACCUGGCAAUAAUAAUUGUAGCAAAAUAAAUACUUGCAAGCGCCUAAUAACAAUUCAAAAACAACAACAAUUCUCAGUAAAAAUGAACAAAACUAUUAACAGUCAUUUCAAAAAUAAUAAACUAAAAAUCAAAAAAAAAUUAAAAUAAAAACGAACCACAAUAAACUCAAUUAAAAAAAAGAAAAAAAAAACAAAUGUAAGCAAAAAGUAAACUUUGUACUAGAUAAAUGCACAUACACUUCAACACAUGAGUACGUAUGUUUAUAAGUAAAAUUGGCGGGUUUGAACAAACAGCUUAAAGCAAGGCCAGAAUACUUUCCGACAGAGGUCAAACAUAGGAAAAUUUUAAAUAACAUAAAACAAAUUAUAUGAAAGUCACAUGCAAGCAGACAAAACAACUCAAGUAACCCAAGAGAAAAAGUAAAAACUAAAACUAAUUCCGAUAUAAUUACAACAUUGUUUUUGAUACUUAAUAACACAAGAGAAAAAUAAGUAUAAAAGAUAUACUACGUGCAUACGUCGUAGAUGUAUCGGUUGCUAUAUAAUAUAUAUUUGCUUUAUAAUAAUGGCGAUGAAUACAUAAAACUACACCAAGAGCAAAUCGUUUACAAUUCACUCUAAAAAUACAUUUAAUAUUAAUAAUUCUAAAAAAAAAAAAAAAAAAAAUAAGAAAACCCCAAAAAGGUUAUAGCAUGAACGGCAAUAACACAGCUCAAAUUCUGAGAACUUAUAUAAAAUACAAACUCCUUUCUUUCAAACAAAA